AUGAUAAUAUAAUUUCAAUACACAGAAAUCAAACAAUUAAUAAAAAACAUUUAAAUUAUGUAGUCUAGUAGUACCACUUAUGUGUUGCAAUUCAAUAAACCAAUCGGCUUUUACUGUAGAAAAUAUUCAGCACAAAGGCAAAAAGCGGGGAUAGGAGCAUCUUCGCCAAGACACCAGCUUUGGAUCAAAGAGACGAUGAGAAUUCUCCAGAUCUUAACAAGAAAGCUCUCUUCUUCCCAGAUUCUAAGCACAGCGCCUUCACUAUCUUCAACUUUCUCCUCUCGUCAACUUCACUCUCUCUCCAAUCCAGCGUCAUUCGGCAUUGCGUUUGACAUUGACGGCGUCCUGCUUCGUGGCAGCAUCCCUAUCGCCGGCUCUCCUCAAGCUCUCAAACGCCUCUAUGAUGAUUCUGGUACUCUGAAAGUUCCCUAUGUAUUCUUGACCAAUGGAGGUGGUGUUCCUGAAUCUAAAAGAGCAAAGGAGUUGGCCAGAUUAUUGGAUGUCAAUAUCCUGCCUUUACAGGUUAUACAGGGGCAUACACCGUUCAAACAAUUGACGAGAAGAUUUGAGGAUGAGCUUGUUGUUGCUGUUGGAAAAGGAGAACCCGCUGAAGUGAUGUCUGAAUAUGGUUUUAAAAAUGUUCUCUCCAUAGACGAGUAUGCAUCUUAUUUUGACAACAUUGAUCCAUUGGCCCAAUACAAAAAAUGGACAGACAAGCAGGAUCUUAAUCAGAAUAGCAAGUCUAAGCAUUUUGCUUUGAGCAAUGAUCCAUGCUCACAGAGAGUGCAAGCAGUCUUUGUUGUUAGUGAUUCUGUUGAUUGGAGCAGGGACAUCCAGGUUCUCUGUGACAUUCUAAGGACUGGAGGCCUGCCAGGAAAAGAGAUUGCACACCAGCCACCACUUUUUUUUGCAAAUGAUGACCUUGCCUAUCAGGCUCUGUUUCCAUCAGAACGACUUGGCAUGGGUGCUUUCAGAAUUGCAUUAGAAUCCGUCUUCAAUGCUAUCCACCCUGCUGCGCUGAAGUAUACGUCAUAUGGAAAACCAAGUCCGUUUGUAUAUAAAAAUGCGGAGACAGUAUUGACGCAAGUUUUACAAUCAUCUCAAGAUAACAAUCAGGUAGAUGGUAGAGAGCAGCUUUUCAAAACCUUAUAUAUGAUUGGUGAUAAUCCCGCUGUUGACAUCAAAGGAGCUCGUCAGGCUGGAAAUCCUUGGUUCUCUAUUUUGACAAGGACUGGGGUCUUCAAGGGGAAAGAAAAUCAUGACGAUUGCCCAGCAGAUCUGGUUGUGGACACAGUGGAAGAAGCAGUAGACUACAUUUUGAGCAAGGAGUGUAUCUCAUGAUGCACAUCUGGAAAAAUUCAAAUUUGUUCUUACUGCAAUAAAGCAUUGGUUAGAGCUCGUCCCCGGUUGAAGAAACAAGUACUGCAAACCUGAUUCUUAAAUCUGAGAGAAAAGUACGUGAAGAUAUUUAGCACAUCAAGCCGAGUUGAUUCUUUGUCCAGAUCAUUUCUUGAUUUAAACGAUCUUGAUAUCUGUUUGUCCUAGUGUGUCAUUCUUAAACUUCAAAUGACUUUGUUAUGGAGUAGGCUCUGGCUUCUUAUAGGAUUUUACUUCACAAGUUACUUGAUAGAUCAAGUUUUGCAAAAUAGAA